AUGGCGUCACAAAAUGUAGUUUUGUUAUGCCGGUGGGGAGGAGAAAUGCUGUUUGAUGGACCCCGGGUCGAGUAUAGUGGGGGAAAUAUGGAACCACUAACACUAGAACCGAACAUGACUAUGAAUGAUUUGAUGAAUGAGGUUCAUAGUAGUAUUGGUUCAGACCCGAUGACCGUUGACGUACACAUUAAAAUGAGGUUUGAGACCGGCAAUGGGGUUCAAGUGUUACCGGUUUCUACGAAUAAGCAUGUGACAGCUCUAAGGAACGUUGUUGCAAUGAAGGGUGUCCCGUACCGGAGGGCAUGGUAUGCAAAGGGGAAAGCAAUAGCUGAUAUUUACGGUGAUUGGGAGAGUUCUUACGGCAGACUUCCGCACUUCAUGCAAGCCCUCCAACAGUCAAACCCGGGAACGUGUGUUGUGUGGAAGUACAAAGCGUUGGUUGACGGUGUUUACUACAGCAACAUGGAAGUGUUUGAAAGAGUGUUUUGGGCGUUUGGCCCUUGUAUCGACGGUUUUAAACAUUGUAUGUCAGUUAUCUGUAUCGAUGGGACGCACUUGUACGGGAAGUACAAAGGAACACUGUUGGUUGCUACAAGUGUUGAUGCAAACUUCCAAGUAUUUCCUCUAGCAUUUGCGUUGGUUGAGGGGGAAAACACCUCCAGCUGGUCUUGGUUCCUGGGUUGCAUUCGGGUUCAUGUCACUCAACGAGAUGGCCUUUGUGUUAUAUCUGACCGACAUCCUGGGAUCAUUGCAGUAAUGACUGAUCCGAACGUUGGAUUUACCGAGCCGCGAGCCUAUCACAGAUUUUGUGUUCGCCACAUAGCUUCUAACUUGAAGACUCACGUGCGACGAAACGACAUGAGAGAUAUGUUCAAGGCUACGGCGUACCAAAGGCAGGAAAGAAAACUACACGGCGAUCUGUGUUUCAUUAGUGAGGCGUGUAACAAGGCAAUGGAGUACAUUGUUCAAAUUCCGUUCACCAUGUGGUCCCUCUUUCACGACGCUGGACGUAGAUACGGGAUUUGCACUACUAACUUCUCUGAGACAUUCAACAACGUGUUGAAGGGAGCACGGUUUCUACCGAUCAUGUCCCUAGUCGAGUUAACUUUUCAUAGAGUUAACAAAUAUUUCACUUUGAGAAGGGAGUCUUCUGAGGCAAGAUUUGAACAGGGACUUGCAUACCCCCCCAAGGUCACUGCCAUUCUAGAGAAGAACACCGCAAAAGCCAGAUAUCACAGAGCGGAUGCGUAUAACCGUCGAUUGCAUAUUUACCAAGUUACAACAGAAAGGGGAGACCGACUUGAUACGAUGGACGGUAGGGCUGUGGAGCUGGCUGUUGUGGUGGCUGUUGGAGGACUGCAGCAUGCAAGCUGUUUGCUGAAGCUUGUUUUCUGCCUGGAUGCUGGUUGCUGUUUCCAGCAGAAAAGCGCUGUCUGA